AUGGCAACCAUUUACCACCAGCAGAUGAUGCAGGAGCUUGUGUCCAUGGAGUUCUCUAGCUCCUCCACCCACGUGCAGACCUUCUCCCAGACAACCAAGAUCGUGGGAGAGGAUGUCGUGAGGAGGAAGUCCUCGAGCACAGUGGAGCUCUUCAGCUUGGUGACCCGGAGUUCCAACAUUCCUGCGGGCGAGAGCGUCCCUGAGUUCGUGGAGAAACCUCAGCCAAUGGCCGCAUCCGAGCGCGAUAAAGCCGUAUUCCGAGCGCGGGUGCAGGGGAACCCCAAACCCAACAUCUGGAAGAGGGAGAGCGGCAUCCCCAUCAAGGAGUCCGCCAAGAUAUUCUACGACAGCGUUAACAAGAAGCACGUGCUGAAGCUGGAGCCACUGACCUCUGAUGACUCUGACAACUACAAGUGCAUUGCAAGCAAUGAACAUGCAGAUGAUUACACUGUGUCCCUGCUAGUGACUGAAGGUCAAGAGAAAAUGGAUUUCAAAAAGAUGUUGAAGAAGAGGGCUUCCCCUGCUCCCAAGAAGCAGAAGAAGGUGGUAAAUGAGAAAGAGAUGCUGGAGAUUUUGUCCAGGGUGCCCAAGAAGGACUUUGAGAAGGUCUGCAUGGAGUACGGUUUCACCGACUUCCGGGGGCUACUCAGGAAGCUCAAAGAGAUGAAAAAGAAAGUGGAGGUGGAGGCCAUCAGGAUUCUAAAGCCUCUGGAAGACAUAGAGACCAAGGUUGACACAACGGUGGUCUUCGACUGCAUCAUGGAGCUGAAGGACCCCAAUAUCAAGAUGAUAUGGACCAAGAGUACUGAGCCACUGAGGAUCCAGUACUCCCUGGGCAAGUACGAUAUGAAGCAGAUGGGCACCAAGUACAUGCUGGUUAUUACCAAUGUGAACAUGAAUGACGCCGGCAUCUACAGCCUGUCUGUAGGCGACAAGCAGAUGAGUGCAGAGCUCAUAGUGCUGGAUGAGCCACUAAAGUUCUUGGGAGAUAUGAAGCCACAGAAGGUGACAGAGUGCCAGACAGCAGUGUUUGAGAUCCACCUCUCCAAGAAAGAUCCCAACUUCGUGUGGAAGUUCAAUGGGAAGGAACUGAAGAGGGAUGACAAGUAUGAAAUCACGGUGUCUGAGGAUGGUCUGACCCAUACACUUAAGAUUAAGGAUGCCAGACUCAGUGACAGCGGCGAGUUCUCUGCCCAAGUGGGGAACCUGGAACAGAAGGCCCAGCUCACCAUUGACCGCAUCCCCAUCAAGUUUGUGAGCACCCUCAAAAAUGUACGUGUGAAAGAGAGGAGCCCAACAUGCCUGGAGUGUGAGCUGACAUCCAAGGAUGUGACCCUGCGCUGGAAGGACGGACAGCUACUGGCACACGGCACUAAGUACAGCAUGAACCACGAGAGCAAGCGAGCAGAGCUCAUCAUUGAGGAUGCACAGCUCAGCGACGAUGGCGAGUACACUGUGGUGGCCAUGCAGGAUGGGGACCCCACUGAAUACAACAGUACUGCCACCAUCACUGUGGAUGAGCGUCUGGCCAAGGUGAAGAGCGGGAUGUCCGACGUUCACGCGGCCACCGGGAGCCCGGCCGAGUUGUGCGUUGUGCAAAAGAAGGUGGAGGGCGUGUGGCUGAAAGAUGGCAAGGAGGCGAAGCAGGGGCCAGGGAAGGGGGUGAAGGAAGUUGACAAGGGCAACGAGAGUGAAGCCUCUUUGUUCAUGGCAGAUCCUCCCACCAUCGACCCUUCGGUACUGGAGGCACUGGCGGCACACCCAGUGACCGUGAAGGUGGGCCACAAGGCCCACAUCAAGGUGCCUUUCCAGGCAAAACCGCUGCCCAAAGCGACCUGGUGCAAAGACGGCAUGGAGGUGACCGAGGAGGAGCGCGUGGCCAUGGAGCCGGGGGGGGGGGGGGGAGGAGACCAGGCACUGCUCACCAUCUCGAAGUGCAUGCUUGAGGACAGCAGCCUUGUCCUGCUCAAGCUCAAGAAUGACCACGGCACUCUGCACCUCAGUGUGCUGCACCGUCCUAAGCCUCCGCAGGGCAAGGUGGAGUUCCUGGAGCUCUCAGGUAGUUGUGUGCACAUGAAGUGGAAGGCUCCAAAGGACAAUGGCAGGCGUCCUGUGACACAGUUCAUAGUGGAACGGAGGGCGGUUGGCAAGAAGUCCUGGAUCAAGAUAGGCAAGGUGGACAGCAAAGUCACCAACUUCUCCACCAACAAGGUGGAAGAGGGAAAAGUCUACCAGUUCCAUAUCCUGGCAGUCAAUUCAGAAGGUGUCAGUGACCCACUGGAGACUGAUGAAGUGUUUGCAGGAAAUCCCAUAGAGCCCCCUGGUCUUGCAUCCCAGCCUCAAGUGACUGAUAUGACCAAAGAGGCCGUGACCAUCACAUGGAAUGCCCCUACCCAGGAUGGGGGAGCCCCAGUGCUUGGCUACAUUGUAGAGUGAAGGAAGAAAGGCAGUAACCUGUGGGUGCCAGUCAACAAGGACCCCAUCCAAGGCACCAAGUACACUGUGGAUGGUCUCCUGGAGGACACAGAAUAUGAAUUCUGAGUCAUAGCUGUAAAUAAGGCAGGCCCUGGGCACCGCAGUAUGCCGUCCAGCUCAGUAGUGGCCAAGGAUCCUGUUAAACCCCCAGGCCUGGUGCAGGGCCUGCACGUGUCUGAUUCCUCCAACUCCAGCAUUUCCCUGGGCUGGCGGGAGCCUGCAGAGGGAGACCCACCUGGCUACAUCCUUGAGAUGCGGGCUGAAGACACCAAGGAGUGGUCCAAGUGCACAAAGAUCCCCAUCUCAGGCACCUGCUACACCAUGUGAGGCCUCACGGAAAGGCAGAAAUACUUCUUCCGAAUUUGAGCUGUGAACAAGGCUGGGGUCAGGGAGCCUGUGGAGCUACAUGAGGGAGUCCAUGCCAUGCCACCACCAGCUGCACCCAAGUUCGACCUCAGUGCCCAGCUGAAGAGUCACAUGGUGGUUCGUGCUGGGACAGCCCUCUGCAUCCGCGCAGCCUUCUCUGUGAGCUCACCACCACCCGACGUGAUCUGGCAGAAAAAUGGCAUCCCCACCAAGGGCUAAGAAACAAUCACCAAGAGCAAAAACUACUCCCAGUUCCUCAUCAAUAGCACCAAGCGCUCUGACUCAGGAGUGUACCGAAUAUUGCUCCAGAAUGAGUUUGGAGAGGCAUACUAUGACAUCCACCUUCCAAUUCUUCCAGAUUUCCCCCGGCCCCCCACAAACCUACAACUGUUUGAGGAGGUCCCCAACGUGGUGACUCUGACCUGGAACCACAGUCCCAACGUGCAGGAGGACGGUGAGGCCCACUACGUCAUCAUGAAGUGGGAUGCAAGCACCGCCACCUGGUACACUGCAGCCGAGCGUGUCUUCAGCAACUAGUACACAGGGAAGUACUACUUCAGAGUGGUGGCUCAGAAUGACAUCGGUGACAGUGAACCGCUGGACUCCCGGGACACCUGGCUCAUCAAUAAGGGCCAGAUCGAGGACUUGAGCGCCCAGCUGAAGCCCUACAAGCAGAAGGACUGGCAACACGCGCCCCGCUUCCUGACCCCCCUCAAGCCACACACGGUGCUCCGCGGCGAAGACUGCACCAUGACCUGCGCCUUCCUGGGGAACCCACGGCCCACGGUGACCCUCUACAAGGGCGACGUCAACAUCACGGCCAACUCCAAGUUCUGGUAUAACUCCACCAGCGGCGUGUGUACCCUCCUCAUGCCCACCUGCACGCCCAAGGACAGCGGAGAUUACAACGUGCUGGUGGAGAACGAGCUGGGCAGGGAUCGCAGCAGCUGCAGGCUCCCCGUCUACGACAAAGAUGACAAGUCAAUUCUAGUCUCCCUCACCGAGAGUCUGCAGAAGAAAUCAAAGCACCUUAUGUGAGCUCCAGCCCAGCCCAAGCAUCAGGAGGCUGUAGUGAUAUGGAGCUUCCCAGCCCAUCCUCUGCAUGGCCCAGUGUAGGCAGCCCAGUUUGCUCUCUGGCGCUUGUCAGUGUAAACAUUCAGUGAAGGGAGGGGACAAUAAACUAAGCUCACACUU